CUUUAACGGCAUCCAUCUAGUUCAAGGUGGAAUGUUAGCGCGUCCAUUCCAAGUUUUCGAAUGGAAUUUUUCGUCUGAGUGAAUUUAUAAAAGAACAUCCGCCAUGGAGCUCCGGCACUAUUUUCUCAUCUAUCUAUCGACACAAUUUCAAAUAUUAGUCAAGAUGGCAAGCUAUAAUCAAGAAACAACGAAUCUUUUAGCAAUGUGGCUGAACGAGGCAAUCGAAGAAAACCCCCGUGUUCAGCCAUUACCUGGUCAACAAGGCAGCGAUUUCAUAGCAAUCGAAGAAAACCCCCGUGUUCAGCCAUUACGUGGUCAACAAGGCAGCGAUUUCAUGGCAAUCGAAGAAAACUCUUGUGUCCAAGCAUUACCUUGUCAACAAGGCAGCGAUUUCAUGCACCCACCUGAGUUGAAAUGUUCCAUAUGCCACAAGGAAUUUGGUUUGGAAAAGAACCUUAAACGACAUGUUUUGGAAAAACAUACCAACCAACGUUUUGAGUGUCUAAACUGUGGAAAAACCUUUGGACGUAAGGACAAUCUCAAGCGUCACGAGAAAACAUGUAACGGUGGCACCUCCAAGCGAAAGUGUGAAAAUUCGACCUCUUCGGUCUCGAAAAAAGUGAAAACGGAUGAGCAAACCAUUGCCUUCGAGUUAGRCAACAUUCCCGAAGAGAUGUUGCAGCCCUACGAUGGAGAAUGGCUAAAUGGGGAAAAUCUUGAGGUAAAUAACAAUAAAAAAUGA